AUGCUGAACACUCGCAAGAAGAUCGUGAAGGAGAAGGGCGCAGCAGUGACCGAGCUGGACACGGAAGUGGCCAAGGCCCUGUUUGACAUUGAAGUGUCCCCAUCCUGCGACAUCAAAACCGAGCUGAAGGAUGUCUACAUCUCCGGCGCCAAGGAUGUGGAGGUGGGCAAGUCCGGCAUGGCCAUGGUGAUACACUUCCCAUUCCGAGUGUGGAAGACUGUCAAGAAGAUCCAAGGCCGCCUGGUUAGGGAGCUGGAGAAGAAGUUCAACCGCAAGCACGUGGUGCUGGUGGCCAACAGGACCAUUCUGGACAAGAACUUCCGGCGCAAGGGCUUGAAGGUCCGACCGCGCAGCCGCACUCUCACAGCUGUGCACGACUCCAUUUUGGAAGACUUGGUGGGUCCCACUGAGAUCGUGGGCAAGCGUACGCGCAUCUCCGUGGACGGAAGCAAGCUCUUGAAGGUGAUGCUGGACCCCAAGGACAAGGACAAGGAGAACAUUGAGAGCAAGCUGACUGCCUUCGCGGCAGUGUACAAGAGGCUCACCAACAAGGAGGCCCAGUUCAUGUUCCCCACCGCGUAA